AAAAGUUUGUAAAAAGAAAAAGAAAAAGAAAAUGAAGCUGCUGCUGUUACGUAAUAUUCUUGGAGUGUAGCCAUCGUUGAUUGCAUUAGUAAAGAGUAUAUAGACUUUUUCAUCUCUGCUGCUGUCUUUGUGGGGUCGCUGGAAAACGGAGUGUUAAUUCAACGUUUGUUUACCUUUCACUGUCUUUGUCUUCCAUUCCUUUGAUGCUCUUUUUUUCAAUUCUUUGUUCGGCACCUCUCUCUUGUUUAUACGUAUUUGAUUAUCUCAAUAAUUUAAUUCCUGUUGAAAAAUGAUGCGAUAAAUCACGCCUGCAAUUGCAGUCAGCUUUGCUGACAUUUUUGGCCUUUUCUUCUUUACCUUUUUACUUAACCCCAGAAAAUCAUGACAUCUCGCUUUCUGUUCAGUUACAGUCCAAUUCUUGAUCUUGGACUUUGGCGUCUUCACUUACUGGAUAUCAACUUCUAUUCUGUUUUAUAAACUUAGCAAGUGGCAGUCUAAAGGAGGAAUCUUUUUGUUGUUUUGGGCAAAGAUAUUUGCUGAAAUGGGUUUCUGAGGAAUAAUCAAGAAUUGAACAUUUUUGUUGAGAUGAAUCUGCGAGAGAAGAGUGGGACUAAUAGAAGCUUGGAUGUGGGAAAGAGAGUGGUGCUUGUUGCUGUGAAAGCUUCAAGAGAUAUAUCAAGAAGUGCCUUUAUCUGGGCAUUAACUCAUGUGGUUCAACCUGGGGAUUCUGUUAAGCUGCUUGUGCUCAUUCCUCCUCAUAGCUCAAGUAAAAGGCUUUGGGGUUUUCCUAGAUUUAACAGUGAUUGCACGAAUAGCAACUGGAGAUCAUUGUCUGGAACAACUUUAGAUCAGAAGGACUUCAUUAGAGAAUCAUGCACUCAAAUGUUGCUUCAACUUCAUGAUAUUUAUGAUCCAGAUAAAAUAAAGGUGAAGGUCAAAGUCAUUUGUGGGUCACAGUCAGGAGUAGUGGCUGCUGAAGCGAGGAGAGUUCAGACACGAUGGGUGGUGUUGGAUAAGAGAAUGAAAAAAGAGACCAGAAUCUGUAUGGAGCAACUACUGGAAUGCAAUAUUGUUCAGAUGAAAAACUCUCAACCAAAAGUGCUUAGGUUGAAUUUCAUCGGAUCGCCUAACACUGACACUGAAGUCUCCCGUAGGUCACAAGCUUCUACAAAACAAUUAGGUGAAAAGUCUGAUGAUCCCUGGAAUGAGAUUCGGGUGCCAAACGUGACUCCAGCAAGUAGUCCAGAGCAUUCAUCAUUCACCACAACUGAUGCUGGGACAUCCUCAAUUUCCAGUGUGGACAUAGGGGCCUCUCCGCUUUUCUUCUCUGAGAUCAAUUGGGAUAUGAAGAAGAGCUUUUCGCAUAAAUGCAAUCAUUAUUCAGAUGAAUCUGAUUCUGACACAGAUAGUGAAAAUCUGACUUCUCCUACAACAAGCAUAUGUUCCCGCCAAUGGAUGCAAGACAUUCUCAUUGCAGCGAAGGAGUAUUCAAGUUACUUAAAGAAAGACUCACCGAGAUCCAGAGGCACAUUGCUAAAGUUGAAGCAUGAUGUUACCCCGGAGAAAUCAUUUGGACGUGAUCAGGACCCUGGAGUUUGUCUAAAGAAAGAAAGACAUCAUCUGGAAGUAAACAGUAAUAUGAGAAAAAUGAUGUCAUUAACCAAAAAUUCUCCUGCUGAUCCUCCUCCACUUUGUUCAAUAUGUCAACACCAGGCACCUGUAUUUGGAAAACCACCUAGGUGGUUCACUUAUUCUGAGCUCGAACGUGCUACUGGUGGAUUUUCACAAGCUAACUUUUUGGCUGAGGGUGGAUAUGGUUCUGUACAUCGUGGACACUUACCAGAUGGACAAGUCAUAGCAGUCAAGCAACAUAAAUCGGCUAGUUCGCAGGGCGACCUUGAAUUUUGCUCUGAGGUGGAGGUCCUGAGCUGUGCUCAGCAUCGAAAUGUGGUGAUGCUGAUCGGCUUCUGUGUGGAGGAUGGAAGAAGAUUGCUAGUUUAUGAAUACAUAUGCAAUGGCUCUUUAGAUUCUCACCUUUAUGGACGUAAUGGACAUCCAUUAAAUUGGUCAGCACGUCAAAAGAUUGCCGUCGGAGCUGCUCGUGGAUUGAGAUACCUGCACGAGGAGUGCAGAGUAGGUUGUAUUGUUCAUCGUGACCUGCGACCAAAUAAUAUCCUCCUAACUCAUGAUUUUGAACCGUUGGUUGGAGACUUUGGACUCGCAAGGUGGCAGCCAGAAGGGGACUUAGGUGUUGAUACAAGAGUAAUAGGAACAUUUGGGUACUUGGCACCGGAAUAUGCUCAAAGUGGUCAAAUAACUGAAAAGGCUGAUGUGUACUCAUUUGGUGUAGUACUAUUGGAACUUGUUACCGGAAGAAAAGCUAUAGACAUUAAUCGCCCCAAGGGCCAACAAUCCCUCAGUGAGUGGGCACGUCCUCUUCUGCGAAAGAGUGCCAUCUCCGUACUCAUCGACCCAUGUCUAGAGAACUGCUACUUGGAGCAGGAGAUUCAUGGCAUGCUACAUUGUGCUUCGUUAUGCAUUCGACGGGACCCUCAUUCAAGGCCAAGGAUGUCCCAGGUACUUCGGAUGUUAGAAGGCGACGUGUUAGUGAACUAACUUUGUAGUAAAAUGAAAAUGGUUUGGAGUUGAUCGUCAAAAGAAGUCAAGUUUGACAUAAGACAAUUGAUCCCAAGCUGACAAUGGCCGUUUCAAAAUAAUGCUCCAACUGUACUGGGGGCUGCAAGAAGAUGCCACAGGCAGAAAGGUUCUCCUAUGUACGAGACAAGGGAAGAUUUUGUUCUCCCACAAUCAUCAACCACAUUUUGUUCCUCUUUUUUUGAUCCACUUUAUGAUCCACGUGCAUUAUAGAUGCUUGUAUAGCAGUGAUAAGUAUGAAUGUGUUAAAAUUAUUUGAUUUGUUAUCCCUAGUAGAAUUAGGGCGAAGCAUUGCAUAUGGGUAUGGCAGUGAAACUGUAGCUUGUCUGUAAUUGUUUUUGGCUUCAAUCUCUCGAAAUGCAAUGGCUUGAAUUCACAGUUUUGUUGAACUUUAUUCUGUUUGCCAGGAACAAAAAGCAGAAAUAACAUGUAAUUGAUUUUCAUAGUUUA